AUGCAUUGGGUGAUGAAUGCCGAGUUUGAUAGAAUAAGUGAUGCUCGACGAAAGUCUAGCUUUGUCGUUGGUACCCACCCACCCGCCACAGUUUCUGGUGCUAAAAUAGCGGCAGAUGUUCUCAUAAACACUGGCACGGUACUCCCACCAAUUGCUCUUGCAGCUAUAAUAUUUAAAGAAAUAAUUAAUUUAACUGAAAGAGCAGGGCAUAAUAAAACAAUUUGUAAUAGAUUAGCUGAUCGCAUACGUAUUGCAAACCAGGCGCUUGAUAAAGUUAGUAUAAAGGAUGAGAAUGACUUGGCUUUAAGAGCUUAUGUUCGUGCGAUAGAAAAAUGUAAAAAUUUCAUUGAUAAAAUUAGCAAGUCUUCGCCAUUUAUGAAAUUAAUUGCUGCUCGCGAGAUCGAAAAUAAUUACAAUGAAAUUACUAAAGAAUUCGAUUCAGCAGUUUCACAAUUAGGAUUAUCGACAUGUCUUCGAACGAAUAGAGAUAUUGAAGACGAUCAAAGAGUAUUCCAUGCUGAUAUUAAAACAUCACUUCAAGUCAUAGAAGAAGUUAUGCAGGACAUAUUUGAAAGCGGAAUGAAUAAUACAGAGAAACUUAAUGCACUCGGAAAUAAAAUAGACGUGAUUCAAUCGGCCAUUACCAACGAUAAAAGUACUGAAGCAGACAGAAUCUUUAAAAAAUCUCAAAUUUCUGGACAACAAAUUACAGAUCAUAUAGAAAACGGAAAGGAAGUGAAACGUGGCGAUGGGCAGAUUGUUAAAAAAAUCAUGAGUGGAGUACAGCCAGUUGCUCAAAAGGAGAUCGCAUAUAUCGCGACUUUAAAAGGUUCAGAUAAUAGUGCAAAUGAGAAUCAAGCUGAAAAAAUUGAAAAAAUUGAAAAGCAGGUCUCAAUUCUUACUGAAUUGAAAAAUUGCUUGAAUAUCAUAACUUUUUAUGGCACAACGCAGGUUAACGGUAAAUUAUAUAUUAUUUCGGAAUGGGCAGAGAUGGGAGAUCUCAACACAUACUUGAAAAAUACUCCAAACCUGGAAUGGGACUUUAAACUAAGGAUAGCAUCCGAGAUCGCUAGUGGUUUAGCAUUUUGUCAUUUCUGUGAUAUUUUGCAUCAUGACAUAAGAAGUCAUAAUAUAUUAUUAACGGAAAAGUUAACGGCAAAAAUAAGCAAUUUUAGUUCAAGUCGUAAA